CCCCCACUAUUAUAGGUUUUAUUCGGCUCGCCAUUUGUCUAUAGACUGCUUAUGUAAAACGGAAAGAGAAUCUACACAUUUUUUUUUAAUAUGAAGAGCUUGUAAUAAAAGCAUCAUAUUAUUUGUGGAUUGCUUGUUUGUUCUGCGAGUAGACAUGGUGAGAUCACUAACAUCAAUUCCUUUUGUAAUAUUAAUUGCUUCCACUUGGUGGCCAUGUCUAAGAGCGAUGGGUGCUCAACACGUGGUCUGCCAUGAAGGACAAUAUAUGUCUUCAACAAACAAAUGCCGGCCUUGUCCUAGUGGUCAUUUUAUGUCAGAGAGUGCCCAUACAAACAAGAAAUGCGCGCCCUGCAGCCCGCCCCCUACUGAAGGACUUGGGCUUUACGAGUUAUCCAAGUGCAAUGCCACUCAGGAUUCUGUCCGUUCAUGUGCCCACGGCUUUUUUGUGGACAUGUGGCAUCGGGGUCGGUGCCUCCGGUGCACGGACUGCGAACUGACGGGCACGCACACCGCCAGGCGAUGCACGACAUCAACUGAUACCCAAUGCUGCCCGAGCCCAACGAUGGAGGUGAGAAAUUUGAAUGCUGAAGUGGACUCCUCACAUUGUGUACAUAUGAACCAAUCCCGAACGUACUGCUGUUGUAAGCGUGGUCAUCACUUGCGUCUUGAGCUUGGAGAUGUCCAGUGUAUUCCUGGCAAGCAAUUUUUAUUCCUCCAAAAGAGAGUCUCGGAGCAGAGUUGUGGAAUCAACCAGUAUCUGCAGCCCAUGACCAAGAAAUGCCUCCUUUGUCCUCUCUGCUCCUACCAGAACAAGACUGAGCACCAGGAGGAGAAGUGUUUACCCUGCUCCAUGAAUAACCCCAAACUGGCCUACUGCCCCAGGACUUGUCAGGACAGGGAGGCCAACACGGUGAUUCGUCUGUUCUUCUCUGGCAUCGUCGUGGUCACCUUUCCCUUGGUCCUGGUGCCUCUGUCUUUGGCUAUCGUCAAUGUGGCCAAGCAGCAAAACUGGAUUUAAUUGUAGAAACAUUCUGGACUUUACUUUUUGUUUUAUAGUAUUGACUAUGUCCAAAUAGAUUUAUAAAUAGCCUAUGAGGUCACUAGAUCUGAACAGUGUUGUUCAACAAUGUUAAAAAAUAUAUCUUUAUGCUUCACA